GAUUUUUAAUCGUUUAAAAUUGCCUGGGCGAUUAAUAACACACUUUCUGUGCUGUGACAGCCUCAGAACACAUUUAUUUUUGCUUCACUCGGACAGCAACGUUCAGCUAACUGAAGACAGGUUUGGGACCCCACCCACCACCUACAUGACAGCUAUCUUAGCUAACGUUAACUUACCGUUAUUAAACUAGCAAAAGACCGAGGCAAAAAAUAUGGCUAACUUUAACUUGAACUCAUGUUUUUCUUUCUCACCCUGCCAUUCGGUGAAAGCACAACUUUUUUGGGCCAUGCUGUCGAAGUUUCCCGGAGCAGCUGAUAAAAACUGUAAAUAAAGCUAGCAAUGCUAUGUUGCUAACAUGGGACGGAUAAAUAAGAGUCCUAGCCUUAACAGGUGUCGGAUACCUCGUCUGUACCGCGGGUAUAUUCUUCAAAACAUUACAACAACAAUCAGAGAUUUCAGCUAUGGAUCCUACAUUAUCGGAUGAUGCUGCUCAUUAAGUUACUACUACAAGCGUGGACGUGGAGAAAGUAAACACAAACACGAGUGGAGUGUCUCCUGUGACAGAUGUCAGAGUUCAGUGGAGGAUGAAGGUCAAUGGAAAAUGACUUUAUUACUGGUGUCUUGGAUCAUCAUGGAGUCAGUGGACACAUGAGGGGACCCUCAACAACCUCAAGAGAGGAGGAGGCGGGACUCAGUUGUGGGGUUGUUUGCUGAUGUUUCCGGGCUGCUGUCAGUCAAAUCUGAAUAAAUCACACCCUCACAGUGCUGAUGAAGCAGUUGGUUCUUGGGCAAAGUCACGCCAACUUCACCUUCAGCAAGAGAACAUCACCUGAACUCAACAGAGACCAAGACCCUCCUUCACAGAAGAACUUGGCUCUCCAAACAGGGAGUUUGAUUCAGAACACCAAACUACCCAUCAGCCGCUUUAUUCCUCUUUCAAAACAGGGACUCAUGGAAGUACUAGGAAGAAACUCCCAGUCACACUCCAACCCAUCCUUAAAGAUAAAGCUCCGUCCCGUCAUGAAAGUCCAUGGAACAUCCAAAGUCUCCAGGAUGUUCAGCUGGGGGGACUUUUACUCAAACAUCAAGACUGUCAAACUCAAUUUGCUGAUAAUGGGCAAGAUUGUGGAUCAUGGGAACGGCUCUCUUGGAGUGUACUUCCGCCACAACUCCACAGGUGUGGGCAACGUCUCCGUCAGCCUUGUUCCGCCGAUGAAAGAGGUGGAGUUUGAUCUGGAGCGCCAAAGCGUGGUUAACCCCAAAGACUCAAAGACAUUCAACUGCAGGGUGGACUAUGAGAAGACGGAGCGCAACAAAAAGGUGAUGCUGUGUAACUAUGACCCAUCCAAGACGUGCGCUCAGGAGCAGAUCCAGAGCCACGUCACCUGGAUGUGCUCCAAACCUUUCCAGGUCAUCUGCAUCUAUGUGUCGUUCUACAGCACAGACUACAGACUGGUUCAAAAAGUAUGUCCAGACUACAACUACCAGAGUCCAGGAGCCUACCCGCCCACAGGGUGACCAGAGGUCAAGGACACUAGUGGAGAAUAAUAUCUCAAUAAAGAGAAAUCCAGUGUGAGCAGCUAUGAGCAGUUUUUAAAAGGCUUGCAAAGCUUAGCAUUUCUCUAGAGAAUAUCUUUGUCUUACAGUUUACCCAAUACUGUGAAGUAUGUUUCUAGUCUAAUAUCCUGCUUGUUGUAGACUACAAGAAUUAUAUUACACUGUUUUAAUGAAAUGCAUAUAAUCGGGGCUGCAACUAUUAUUUCAUGAUCAAUUAUUGUGAUUACUUUUUACAUUAUGUAUUAAUCAGUUGUUUAGUUUUGUGGACAGAAAGUUGUGAAAAACGUUACUUUCACAUAAGACAAA